AGUCCAUAUUUCAAAAAAUGACAAAUUGACUCAUAGUUUCAACUAUCAUUGACUGUUCGCAUUAUCAAAUGUAGGUUCAUGCUAUUUGCUUGCUUAUUCAUUUGCUUACCUUUUUUCAAAUUUGAUCCUACAGAUUCAACCCAAUCUCCUAAUAUCAGGAAAACGUUUAUCCAUUUUGGGUGAAUUUUGUGGAAACCCCGAAUUGGACUUUGGGGAAAAGCAACAUGGUUUUUGAUAGAUUCCUAAUAAUGUCUGAUCAAUUAGAUUAAUCUCAUCAUAAGAAAAGAUUCGGAUAUAUCCUUGGAACGAAUUCUUCCUGUAAAUGUCAUUUUCGAGGAUGUAAGCUGAGUCUUUGAUCAGAUCUUACAUCGGUUUUUGGAUUAGACUAGAAACGUUUGUAGAUGGUUCUGUAGACAAAAAUUAAUCUUUAGUUAAACUUCUGUUAAUGAGGAAUUAUUGGUUUAUUUAAAACAUUGUCUUUUCAUUCGCAAAAAGCACCUCGUCAGACUGAAUAUUUUGUUCUAUUGGGACGAUUCCAGAGCAUCUUCUGUCUUACUUCAUAUAAAAACCUACCAACUACGGCAAAUUUAUUUAUCUUAUUGUUUACGAAAGACGUCAAACUGGUAAAACGUGCGCGCUGAAGUUGGUAAGAUAGAAGUAAACGCAUAUUUACCUGCUCAGGUUAAAUGAAAGAAUCGGUGGUCAUCCAAAUCCAACAGAAAAUGGUUCCAGCCUGAAGGUAUUAGUGAUCUUCUGUUCCAAGACACGGAAGCCCGUUAAGCAAAAGCUUCUUCUAUUCCGUCCACAACCAUUUGAACCAUAUGAAUUAGGGGUAAAUUUUUGCAAAUAUGUAGUGAUGUCAAUCACCAGCUGUGACUUCACCUGAAGAUAUAGGUUAUAACAAGUUGAGAGUCAUAGCAAGAAACGACCAUAAAACUACAAAUAACCGAAGCUGGUUGUCUCAGAGGCUUUUAAAUCUUGUAGAGAACAUGCAAAGCAUUUUGGAACUUGGGUGAAGAUAUUUUCAAAAUAGUCACCUAACAAAUGUGGAACCAUAUCCUAAAUGUAUGAAUAGGAAAGCGAGCUUAUGUUUUAAAUAUAAAGUGGAUAAGCUGUAGUUCAUUCAAAAGCAACGACUAAACUGGCAAAUGGUCUGUUUUCUUAUGUGAAGCCUUUAUUAUAUCAUUCGAAUGAUAAACAGACAGAUGUUUUUUAGUUGGACCUAAAAAUACUGUUACUUUUUGACCCUUGUUUCUUUCGUGAUAGGUAAAACUUUGUAUUGGGAAGAAGUUAUUUCCUGAAAAAACUAGCAGCUAAAAUUUAUGUAGAUUUAUAGUGAAUCCUAUAUUCCGUUUUUUCUUAUAAUUACGAAGAAUUUCCAAUGUCUUAUACAAUUUUUCGACUUUUACUGUAAGUUACAUAGUUACUGUCUAAAAGUGUGAUUUCAAGCAAUCAACACAUUAUUUAAUAUUAUUGCAAAUGGUUGAUGACGAAAAUAAUAUAGUCAGCUCAUAUCCGUGUUUAAAAGCAAGUUUUACUCGCAUAUACUUCGGAUUUUAACGUACGAAGUGUAAUAUAAUAAAUUUUUAAUACUAAAAGAUAAUUUUAAGCGUGAGUAAAUGUUUUUUCACAACCACCUUCAUUAAUAGGUUAUUCCAUUAAGUGGCUUGCAUCGCCAUAAUCAAACAAUCGGUAUUUAGCACCUGAAAACGAUUAUUACGUUUGUUUGAUUACAGCAAGAUAGAGGACACUUAUAUCAACUCUAAAACAGUGUCUGGAAAUAUGAAUAUAAAUUUUUAUUUACUUUUAACCGUGAUAUUUUACAUGGCUUUAUUAGCCUAAACAUUUAUGGACACAUCGAAGAAUAUUCUAUCAUUGUAUAAUUGUUUGUUAAUUUUGAUACUCAUAACGUCAAUUAUUUAUACAUUAUUCACUUCAAGUUUUAAUAAUGAUACAAGAAUUCACUGAUGAAAUCGUUCAUGGGGUUCAAUGUUAUUCACAAUGUUCAGAAACCAAAUCAUUUGUCGAGUUACAAAUGCAAACGGAAUCUUAUCAAGUGUUUCAUCGUGGUACGCAAUCGAGACGGUAUAAAACUCAAGAACUUCAAACAAGCUUUUGUCAUCAAGAUGAAACACUGCAUAAUGACAUACUUACUAACAACGAUAAGUUGACUGAAGAAACAAGAAUAUUAUGUUUUCUUAAACGUACUGAGCCAAUCGUUACAAAAGAGAUACAAAAAAAUAUCCACUCCAAAGUGUUUAGACAAUCACAGUCAAGAAGACUAUUUUAUAGAAAUAAUGCAUCGGUGAAACAUACACUCAUUCUAAAUGAAGCAAAAGAAUCCAAAUUAUCUGUUACAGGAUUAUCUUGGAACUCUAAUGGGACACUAUUAGCGAUAUCAUAUGGAUCAUUGUGUCAUACUGAUUGGUGUACACAUAAUGGCAUGGCUGCACUUUGGAAUGUGUCAAAUGAAACAUUGGUAAUCAAUACUCCUCAGCAAAAAUAUGUAACAGAUACUUGUCUAAUGUGUAUUAAAUUUCACCCAACAAUUCCAUCUUUGUUAGCUGGAGGGACAUUUACAGGAGAUUUAGUCGUCUGGAAUCGUACCAACGAAAAUGAUCAUCUAUUAACCAGUAUCGGAAGUAUGCACAGUGGUCAUAAGGAUUGUAUCAAUCAAAUCAGUUGGAUACGAGAUAGUCUAGAGUCUAACUUACAAAAUCUAACUUCCGAAAAAAUCAGUCGGUAUACAACAACUUAUAGGUUAUUAAGUUCAGGAAGUGAUGGAAGAAUUGUUUGUUGGCGAAUUGAUCUGUGUCACUUAGGAAAUGUGAACUGUGUUAAGAUUUUUCAAAUAAGACAUAAAGAUCAGAGUCCUUUACCAAUAUCCAACCAUUUUAAUUCAUUAAAGAAAUGCAGUCUCUUUCGGUCAGAUCUAUCCGAAACAAUAAAUAGUGACAGAGCAGUUAAUAUAACUUGUAUUUCAUUAGCUAAAAAUGAUCCAGAAAAAUUUGUUGUUGGAACAGAAACAGGAGGACUAUUAAUAUGUCAAAUAAAUUCUGUUAACUGGAAUGAAACAUAUAAAGAAUCCUUGGAAGAAUACAUACAGUCACCGGUUAGAUUUUCACUUGCUCGUCAAGAUGGUCCGAUUUAUUCAGUAGAUUGGAGUAAAUUCUAUCCCAAUCUUAUUAUAGCUUGUGGGUUCAAUCAUUGUAUUCAGCUUUUCAAUGUACUACAAAAAUCUCCAUUAAUAAGUUUAGAUCCAAAUUAUGGUUCAAUACUUGUUGUUGAAUUUUCCUCAUAUUUAUCAAAUAUUUUUAUCUGUAUAACCGAAUAUCAUCAUAUACUUAUUUAUGAUUUAACUGGUGAUGAAGAAAUUAAUCCAAUGUACAAUUAUUUUAAUGAAGAGAAACUGUAUAGUCUUCAACCUGAACUACUGUAUACAUUGACAUCUCAAAUUGAUAAUGAUAUUCAAAGUACAAUUGUAUCUGCGAAACUUAAUGAAAAAGAUUCUAAACUUGUUGCUACUGGAAGUACAAGUGGGAUUGUUUAUGUAUGGGAUUUUGGUAAUCUAAUCAAUGAAUUAUCGUUAAAAGUAAUAAAUACAUGAUAAUUAUACAUAUUUCCUAGUUCUAUAAUGAAGUGAUUUAUUCACUUAUUCAGCGUUUUAAUUUACAGCUUGUGAACUGGAUUACUUCAUCCCUUUAUUCAU